CGGCGCGCAUUGUGAGCGCAGCAAAAGCGAGCGCCGCAGCGCCAUAACCCCAGCCGCGCAGCAAAGCCGACGCAAUCGGCGGGGACGGUCUGCGCCUACCCUUGUGGGGCAUGUGCACAGCAAAGCAAUGCACUUACACCCCGCGAUGUCAGAAAGAACCUCGCCGCCCCCCAAAUUGGCUAGCGCUCGGCUUUCUAAGCUCGGCCAAGUAGAGACAGAAGCGCCAUAGUAUCGCGAUCCGACGCGCGCCCGGUUUUUUUAUCGCCGUGGGCCUCGGGCGGGCCGGUUGCCGCCUACCCAAGUGCGACCGCGCCCGGCUGCCCUUUGGGUGGCGCCAUGGACCCGCC